AACCCAUACCCUAGUAAUGGUCAAGGAUCUGGGUGAAAAAUAAAUAGAUAAAUUAGUCUAAACGUCUAAAUACGAACAGGCCUGAGUCGUCGAUAAGGCAGAAUUAGUCAAAGUAAAUACCAUGUCUCCUGUAACCUAAUGUUUCUGCUUGGACUUUUGCUUAUUCUGCAGGUUUUCCCAAUUCUUAAAAACUGUGCCUUCGUCUGUCGAACGACUUUUUUUUUCUUACCAAAAUUUCGAGCUUCACCUUCUGUGAAGACCGCAAAGGUCUGGUUCGUGUGACAAUGGCCAGUCCUCUCCGAGGUGAAGUAGUCAGACUGUACAAGAAUCUGCUUUAUCUUGGACGGGAAUACCCCAAAGGUGCAGAUUACUUCCGAGAUCGCCUCAAGACAGCCUUCUUAAAAAAUAAAGAUGUCACGGACCCGGAAAAGAUCAAACAGUUGGUAGCUCGUGGUGAGCAUGUUAUCAAGGAGUUGGAGGCUUUGUACUACCUGAGAAAGUACAGAGCCAUGAAGCAACGCUACUAUGAGGAGACUAAGAAUUAAGCCAUCACAGUGGACUUAAAAAAUGAUAUUGCUCUUGCCACAAAAGGAUCACUGGACAUCAUUUCGUACGGCAUUACUUUGAAUUGUCUUGGAAAUAUGGGACUGAAAUCACUUUCCUUUACCAUCCAGAGUGCUUUAGUUUUUGGUGCUUUAUAUGAAUGUGGCAUUAGUUAAGGUGUGUGGCAUGCACAAAAUAUGUAUGAUGACUGUAAGAUCAUGUUUGCAGGUUCACAAAGGGGGAUUUGAUUAUAUAUAUGGAAUCUAAAUGCCAGGAAGUACACUGUAAUAGAAGUGCUGUUGAAAUGCUACAUUAGAGUAUAAAAUCUGCAAAACAUUUAGAGAUCCUAUAUACCUUUUCAACAAGGAAAUCAGUGUGUCCAGAUGCUGGUAAUGGGCCAUCUGUAACAAAUACAGUGAAUUUUAAUUUAUCACGUAGAGAUGGAUCACAAAUCUUUAGUCAUUCUCUACGCUUUUUGUACUGUACAUGAACAGAGUAAUGUAGUAUUAAAAACAGACCUUUACCGACUGCAACCACAUUGAUUUAUAGAAAUUAAUUUUUGGAAAUCUUUGACAUGACAAAGGCAGAUGGGUUUUAAUAUGGAACAAUAAAAUGUUUUUAUAUCAAUAAAUUAAAGAUUUACUCCAGUUUA